AAUGUCAACAUACAAGUACUUAUUCAAGUUUAUCAUAAUUGGGGAUUCAUGUAAUAUUGUUAUUUUAAUAAAGAUGUUGGGAAAUCCUGUCUUGUUUAGUAGUUUUUACAUGAUCGACCUAGACAAGAACAUGAAGCAACAGUUGGAAUAGAAUUUGGUGUUAAGGAUAUCAAUCUUUCUGGCACAAUUAUACGUCUAUCUAUAUGGGAUACUGCAGGACAAGAGACAUUUCGAUCUCUCAUUCGUGCAUACUAUCGAUCUGCUAUAGGUGUGUUCCUAUGUUAUGAUUGUUCUAGUAUGCAGUCAUUUAAUGGAGUCGAAAAAUGGGUGCAAGAAGUGAAUGACAAUGGCAAUGAGAGUAGAAGCUUCAAUAAUUAAAGAUGUUGUAAUUGCACUCGUCUGCAAUAAAAUUGAUUUACAAGAGUAUGCAGGUCCCCUUCAAUUAAUUUUAGUCGAUAAGUGUCAUCCAUCCAAGGGAGAUAAUUCGCUGUUGACCAUGGUUUCCUCUAUGCUGAAGUUUCUGCUCUAACAGGAGUAGGUGUUUAAUAAAUCUUCAGAGAUUUAUCCCUUGAAAUCAUUAAACGAAUUGACAGUGCAGUCAUUGUUUUGGGAAAACAUGUAACAUUAAAAUUAACCAUCACUUAUAGCUAUAAGGUAUUGUGGUUGGAGAACCUAACCUGUCUCCUACCAAAUAAAUUAUCAGUUUAGAAUUAGAUGAAACUCAAUAGUAAAAGAAUUAGAAAAAAAAGACUUGUUGUUGAGC